AUGUUUGCGGUACACUUGAUGGCAUUUUACUUCACCAAGCUGAAGGAGGAUCAGAUCAAGAAGGUGGACAGGUUCCUGUAUCACAUGCGGCUCUCCGAUGAGACCCUUUUGGACAUCAUGGCUCGGUUCCAGGCUGAAAUGCAGAAGGGCCUGGGGAAGGACACCAACCCCACAGCGUCGGUGAAGAUGCUGCCCACCUUUGUCAGGGCCAUUCCAGAUGGCUCAGAAAACGGAGAGUUUCUUUCUCUGGAUCUUGGAGGAUCUAAGUUUCGAGUCUUGAAGGUACAAGUCUCCGAAGAGGGGAAGCGAAAUGUCCAGAUGGAGAGUCAGUUCUACCCAACACCCAAUGAAAUUAUCCGAGGGAAUGGCACAGAGCUGUUUGAAUACGUAGCUGACUGUCUGGCAGAUUUCGUGAGAACCAAAGAGCUGAUGCAGAAGAAAUUACCUCUUGGCCUAACCUUUUCUUUUCCCUGCAAACAGACUAAAUUAGAAGAGGGUGUCCUGCUUUCAUGGACAAAGAAGUUUAAGGCGCGGGGAGUUCAGGGCACAGACGUAGUGAGCUCUCUGACCAAUGCUAUGAGAAAACACAAGCAGGACUUAGAUGUGGACAUCCUGGCUUUGGUCAAUGACACCGUGGGGACCAUGAUGACGUGCGCCUAUGAUGAUCCCUACUGUGAAGUUGGUGUCAUCAUUGGCACCGGCACCAACGCGUGCUACAUGGAGGACAUGAGCAACAUCGAGCUGGUGGAAGGUGACGAAGGGAGGAUGUGCAUCAACACCGAGUGGGGGGCCUUCGGGGACGACGGGGCCCUGGAGGACAUCCGCACCGAGUUCGACCGGGAGCUGGACCUCGGCUCUCUCAACCCCGGGAAGCAGCUGUUUGAGAAGAUGAUCAGCGGCCUGUACUUAGGUGAACUCGUCAGGCUCAUCUUGCUGAAGAUGGCCAAGGCAGGCCUCCUGUUUGGUGGCGAGAAAUCCUCCGCUCUCCACAUUAAGGGCAAGAUUGAAACACGGCACGUGGCUGCCAUGGAGAAGUAUAAAGAAGGCCUGGCUAAUACAAGAGAGAUCCUGACGGAUCUGGGCCUGGAGCCUUCAGAGGCCGACUGCGUUGCGGUCCAGCACGUCUGCACCGUCGUUUCCUUCCGCUCAGCCAACCUCUGUGCAGCGGCCCUGGCAGCCAUCCUAACACGCCUGCGGGAGAACAAGAAGCUGGUGCGGCUCCGGACCACGGUGGGCAUGGAUGGCACACUCUACAAGAUCCACCCCCAAUACCCAAAACGCCUGCACAAGGUGGUGAGGAAACUGGUCCCGAACUGUGACGUCCGCUUCCUCCUGUCGGAGAGUGGCAGCACCAAGGGGGCCGCCAUGGUGACCGCAGUGGCCUCCCGCGUGCAGGCCCAGCGGAAGCAGAUUGACAAGGUGCUGGCUUUGUUCCGGCUGACCCGAGAGCAACUUGUGGGCGUCCGGGACAAGAUGCGGGUUGAGCUCGAGUACGGGCUGAAGAGGGACACCCACUGGCUGGCCACGGUCAAGAUGCUGCCCACCUACGUCUGCGGGAUGCCAGAUGGCACAGAGAAAGGAAAGUUCCUCGCCCUGGAUCUGGGCGGAACCAACUUCCGGGUCCUCCUGGUGAAGAUCAGAAGUGGACGGAGGUCGGUGCGAAUGUACAACAAGAUUUUCGCCAUCCCCCUGGAGAUCAUGCAGGGCACUGGUGAGGAGCUGUUUGACCACAUUGUGCAGUGCAUCGCUGACUUCCUGGACUACAUGGGCCUCAAGGGAGCCCAGCUGCCUUUGGGCUUCACAUUCUCAUUUCCCUGCAGGCAGGCGAGCAUUGACAAGGGAACACUCAUUGAGUGGACCAAAGGCUUCAAGGCUACUGACUGUGAAGGGGAAGAUGUGGUGGACAUGCUCAGGGAAGCCAUCAAGAGGAGAAAUGAGUUUGACCUGGACAUAGUCGCAGUUGUGAAUGACACAGUGGGGACCAUGAUGACCUGUGGCUAUGAAGACCGUAAUUGUGAGGUUGGACUGAUUGCAGGAACAGGCAGCAACAUGUGCUACAUGGAGGAGAUGAGGAACAUUGAACUGGUGGAAGGGGAUGAAGGGAAGAUGUGCAUAAACACAGAGUGGGGAGGAUUUGGAGAUAAUGGCUGCCUAGAUGACAUCCGGACCCAGUACGACAAGGAGGUGGACGAGGGGUCCUUGAAUCCUGGCAAACAGAGAUACGAGAAAAUGACCAGUGGGAUGUACCUGGGGGAGAUCGUGCGGCAGAUCCUGAUUGACUUGACCAAGCAGGGCCUCCUCUUCCGAGGACAGAUUUCAGAGCGUCUGCGGACCAGGGGCAUCUUUGAAACCAAGUUCUUGUCUCAAAUUGAAAGUGAUCGGCUGGCCCUCCUCCAGGUCAGGAGAAUCCUGCAGCAGCUUGGCCUGGACAGCACGUGUGAGGACAGCAUCGUGGUGAAGGAGGUGUGCGGAGCUGUGUCCCGGCGGGCGGCCGAGCUCUAUGGUGCCGGCCUGGCCGCCAUCGUGGAGAAAAGGAGGGAAGACCAGGGGUUUGAGCACCUGAAGAUCACUGUGGGUGUGGAUGGCACCCUGUACAAGCUGCACCCGCACUUUUCUCGGAUAUUGCAGGAAACUGUGAAAGAACUAGCACCUCGAUGUGAUGUGACAUUCAUGUUGUCAGAAGAUGGGAGUGGAAAGGGAGCAGCUCUGAUCACUGCUGUGGCCAAGAGGUUACAGCAGGCACGGAGGGAGAACUAG